UGAGAAGUUGCAGCCCACUAUUCUCUCUUCUUGCUCUCAUCACAGGCACUCCACAGACACAGAGAGAGAUUGAGAGAGAAUCAAAUGCUCUGUAAAUGGAUAAUCCUUUUUUCAAUUUUAUUUUUUGGCUCUCAGAUGUAAAAAGAUAAGAAAAGAAAUGUCAAUUUGCACAAGGGUCUGUUGUUGAUGCCAUUGUUGCAGAGAGAGAGAGAGAAAGGAAGGGAUCUUUUUGGGAUUUUUUUUUAUAUGGGAAUCUUUGAUGUUUUUACCCAGAUCACACUCUCUCUACCUUGAAAGAACUUGAUAGUAUUUAUUGGAUAAAGAAGAAAACACAUUGCCAUCUUGGUAUUCUUAGUAGAAUUGAGUCAUAAUUCCGUAUUUGAUCAUGGUUUCGAGGUCUUAUUCUAACCUUUUGGAUCUUACUUCCGGUGGAUCCCCAAAUUUUGGUCGAGGGGGCCGGAAGUUUUCUCGAGUGGCAACUGUUGCCGGGGUCUUAUCUGAAUUAGAUGAUGACAAUUGCAAUAGUGUUGGCUCUGAUGCUCCCUCAUCGGUCUCUCAAGAUCGGAUUAUAAUUGUGGGUAACCAACUUCCACUCAAGGCACAUAAAAGUUCAGAUAACGAUGGAGGGUGGAAUUUUAGUUGGGAUGAGGACUCCCUUCUUUUGCAACUCAAAGAUGGUCUUGGCGAUGAUCUAGAAGUCAUCUAUGUUGGUUCUCUUAAGGAAGAAAUUGACCCCGAUGAACAAGAUGAUGUAGCACAAACCUUGCUCGAAACUUUCAAAUGUGUCCCGGCUUUUAUCCCUCCAGAACUCUUUAGUAAAUUCUAUCACGGAUUUUGUAAGCAGCAUUUGUGGCCUUUAUUUCACUACAUGCUUCCUCUAUCACCGGAUCUUGGUGGCAGGUUUGAUCGGUCCCUUUGGCAAGCUUACGUUUCUGUGAACAAAAUAUUUGCCGAUAAAGUCAUGGAAGUGAUCAGCCCUGAUGAUGAUUUUGUAUGGGUUCACGACUACCAUUUGAUGGUUUUGCCAACGUUUUUGAGGAAGAGAUUUAACAGGGUGAAGCUCGGAUUCUUCCUCCAUAGUCCAUUCCCAUCGUCAGAAAUAUAUCGUACACUAUCUGUAAGAGAUGAACUUCUACGAGCACUUUUGAACUCUGAUCUUAUCGGUUUCCAUACUUUUGACUAUGCAAGGCACUUCCUUUCUUGUUGUAGUAGAAUGCUUGGUGUUUCUUAUCAAUCCAAGAGAGGUUACAUUGGGCUCGAGUACUAUGGUCGCACUGUAAACAUUAAGAUUCUCCCAGUUGGGAUUCACAUGGGCCAGCUUCAGUCUGUGCUGGAUCUUCCCGAGACUGAAUCUAAGGUGGUGGAGUUACGUGAUCAAUUUAGGGAUCAGACUGUUUUGCUUGGGGUCGAUGACAUGGAUAUCUUUAAAGGGAUAAGCUUAAAACUACUUGCUUUUGAACAACUGCUCAUACAACAUCCUGAAAAGAGGGGUAAAGUUGUUUUGGUUCAAAUAGCAAAUCCCGCCAGAGGCCGAGGGAGAGAUGUCCAAGAGGUCCAAUCCGAAACUUAUGCUGCUGUAAGCAGGAUUAAUCAAACAUUUAAACGGCCAGGAUAUGAUCCGGUGGUUUUGAUUGAUACCACGCUUCAAUUCUAUGAGCGAAUUGCUUAUUAUGUAAUUGCUGAGUGUUGUCUUGUGACGGCUGUGAGAGAUGGGAUGAAUCUUAUACCUUAUGAAUAUGUUAUAUGCCGACAAGGAAAUGAGAAGCUAGAUAAGACCUUGGGACUAAACUCAUCAACACCGAAGAAAAGCAUGCUAGUUGUUUCGGAGUUUGUUGGGUGCUCACCUUCUCUCAGCGGUGCUAUUCGUGUUAACCCAUGGAACAUUGAAGCUGUGGCUGAAGCUAUGGAUUCGGCCUUAAUCGUCUCCGAAGCUGAGAAACAGUUGCGGCAUGAGAAACACUAUAGGUAUGUGAAUACACACGAUGUUGCAUAUUGGGCACAUAGUUUUUUGCAGGAUCUUGAAAGGGCGUGUAGAGAUCAUGUUAGGAGGAUGUGUUGGGGUAUUGGUUUUGGUUUAGGAUUUCGUGUUAUUGCUUUGGAUCCAAACUUUAGGAAGCUUUCGGUUGAUCAUAUUGUUUCAUCGUAUAAGAGGACCAAGAACCGGGCAAUUCUAUUGGAUUAUGAUGGUACUAUGAUGCUGCAAAGUUCAAUUAGCACCACGCCUAAUACAGAGGCUGUUGCAAUGUUGAAAAGCUUAUGCAGAGACCCCAAGAAUGUGGUCUUCCUUGUUAGUGGGAAGGACAAGAAAACUGUGUCUGAAUGGUUUUCUUCGUGUGAAAAGCUUGGAAUAGCAGCAGAGCAUGGUUAUUUUGUGAGGCUCAAUCAUGAGGCAGACUGGGAAACUUGUGUUGCUGUACCUGAUUUUUAUUGGAAACAGAUUGCUGAGCCAGUAAUGAAAUUGUACACCGAAACAACAGAUGGUUCUUACAUAGAGGCUAAAGAGAGUGCUCUUGUUUGGAAUUACCAGUAUGCAGAUCCGGAUUUUGGUUCAUGUCAAGCUAAGGAGCUUCUAGACCACCUCGAAAGUGUUCUUGCCAAUGAACCAGUUUCUGUUAAGAGUGGCCAACACAUUGUAGAAGUUAAACCACAGGGAGUCAACAAAGGUCUCGUAGCAGAGCGCCUCCUAGUCACCAUGCGACAGAAGGGCAUGCUUCCAGACUUUGUACUUUGUGUUGGGGAUGACAGGUCAGACGAGGACAUGUUCGAGGUGAUACUAAGCGCCAUGGCAGGGCCCUCUCUCUCCCCGGUUGCUGAAGUGUUUGCGUGCACUGUUGGCCAGAAACCGAGCAAGGCCAAGUACUACUUAGAGGACACAACCGAGAUACUAAGAAUGUUGCAGGGCCUCGCUGCUGCAUCCGAGCAGUUGACUAGAAAUGUUGCCCAAGGUCUGCAACGUGUAGUCAUCGAUAGAGAAUGAGUUUGAGAUCUCUUUGUUUUUUUUCAGCAGUGUAUAUUGGGUUUUGGCUGUGCAAAAAAGAUCCUUUUGACCCAUGUUGUAUUUUCUUGUAGGGGUUGAAUUUGAUUGAUGAUUGGGGGAUUUUGUUCUAUGUUAUAUUAUGUAGGUUAUUGAAGUUUUAUUUGGCUGUGUUAUUGGGAAGUGUAUGCAAGUUUCUAUAUGAAAAUUUAUUCAUUGUCAUAAGUGGCAUUGCUUCAAACA